UCAAAAUGUUAUCUUUCUUAUUAUUGUGUUGGUUUCCCUACUUCCAUUAAAGCACAAAAAAUCUAAUCAAAUAUAUAGGAUAGGACUAGCUAUUUUUUGAUCUCUUAGCUAGCCUCCAAUUCAUCAUCACAGUCAUCUUCUAGAUUACAUAUAUACAUACUCUGAUCUGAGAUGAGAUGAUGAGAAUCUGUGAGAAGAAAUGCAAAGUAGCCCAAGCUGCAAUACUGGCCAUGGAGAUUCUCCUCCUCCCCACUGGACUCAUCUCCACUUUUCUCAUUCUUAAAGAUUCUUCAACCAAUCACAACAACCCUUUCUGCUUCCUUCACUCCCUCUUCUGCAACUUGAGGGAUCACUGCCUUCGUUGUUUCAGCCUCUCAUUCUUGUCUUCUCCCUUUUUCAUCUGUCUCUUCAUCAACUCUAUCGUCCUCCUCAUCUUGCUAUCCUCCUCCAAAUUCCAUCACCGGAAAACCCAACCCUAUCACGACCUUUUCUCUUACGACGCCGCCGAUAAUAUUCCCGCCGCCGUCAACGCUCCGCCGCUGCCUCUGUCACCUGUAGGAACACUCGCAUUUGAUGAUGAAGAUACAAUGAGUGGAGAAGGGGUUGACGUAAAAGAGCAUCAAAAUCCUGAAAUCAACGAAGAAGAAGAGGCGGAGGAGGAGGAGGAGGAGGACACAAUUGAGGCGACAUGGGAGGCGAUCAGCGGCGGAGGAGGAGAGGAGAAACAGAGCAGCAAACUGAAGAAGUGCGAGACAUGGCCGAGGCCGCCGCCGCAGCCAACGACGACUGCCCCCGAACCUUUGGUUCCGUCAGCGGUGGCGGCAGCGACGUCGUGGAAAGAGCUGAGAAAAUCGGUGACGUUCAAUGACGCGGUGUCGGCGUGUCGGAGAGGCGGCCUGGCGAGGGACCUACUGCGGAGCCCCGAGGAGAUGAACAAACGGUUCGAUGAUUUCAUCCGAAAGGUGAAUCAUGAAUUGAGGUUGCAGAGACAGGAAUCAGAGCAGCGUUUCUUGGAAGCUAUCAACCGUGGCCUUUAGCUUAAAUUAACCGAUUCCUGCCUGUAUCUUCUUCUUCUUUAGUCCUGCUUCAUGCAACCAUCAUAUCAUUUCGUUUAACUUGAAAUGAUGAGUAUUUAGGGGACCUUUUGUUUUAAUAUCCUAUCCAAAAUAAUCCCAAAACUAUGUUUAAUAAAACAACUACUCCGUAUGUGCUUAUUUUAUAAUAAUAAAAUUGAAAAUUGAAUCA